CAAAAAUUCAAACAAAAAUAUGUAGUUUUUAUUUUAGCUUCUUUUUUUUAAACAUUUUCAUAAAUUAAAGAUGAAACCAACAGCUCUAGUGUUAUUAUUUCUUAAUAUGUUCUUUCAUACACAAGGUUUACUUCCUCCUAAAUUUCAAUGGAAAACUAUAGACUUUGCAUGGGAAGGUAACAGACGGGAAGCGGCUGUGGCUUCAGGCGAUUAUAUUCCUGAAAAUAAUAUGCCUGCUGGAAUAGCUAGAUGGAGAGAUAAAGUUUUCAUAACAAUUCCAAGAUGGAAAAAUGGAGUUCCAUCCUCCCUAAAUUAUGUUUAUUUAAAUGGAAGCCAAUCGCAGCCGCUACAUCCAUACCCAAGUUGGAAUGAAGGGUUUGUAUCGGAGAAGUCUCAUAAAGUUACAACGAAUAGUACAGUGGUGUCUGCGUUCAGAAUUUUUAUCGAUAAGUGUGAUCGGCUGUGGGCAGUGGACAAUGGCGUCGCUGAUAUGUCGAGAGAAUUACGACAAAUAACAGAGCCCGCCAUAUUGAUAUUUGAUUUAAAGAAGAACGUCUUAAUACACCGUUACGUCAUUGAUGAUGAGGUUUUGAGGGACUCUACGGUGUUAACUAGUAUUGUGGUAGAUAUAGCCGGUAAGAACUGCGAGGACUCGUUCGCCUACAUCCCUGAUAUGGGAUCCAACGCACUCCUGGUGUACAGCCUCAGGAUGAAGGAUGUGUGGAGGAUAGAGAACCACUUCUUCCACUUCGAUCCCCACGAGGGGGUUUAUAGAGUUGGCGGCGUGGACUUCUACUGGAGCGAUGGGAUAUCGUCAGCUGUAUUGAUCCCGUCUAAGAAAGGCUCCGGACACUCCUACCUGUACUUCCACCCCACGUCCAGUAGAAAGCUGUUCCGGAUGUCGACUAAGCUGUUGCGGGACAGGAACGUUCCACGCGAGAAUAUAUUCUCUGGUGUCGAAGUUGUGGGUGACAGAGGUGAGAAGUCCCAGGCUACAGCAAUAGACUAUGAUCAUGGCAACAAUGUUUUAUUCUACACCCAGCUGAGUAAAAAUGGCGUGAGUUGUUGGAGUGUCGACCAGCCCCUGACUCCGGAGAACGUUCCGCUCAUCAUCAGCGACUGCACCAUACUCGAGUUCCCCAACGAUAUUAAGGUGGAUCACGACAGUAACCUGUGGAUCCUAAGCAACAGACAAUCCCGUUUCCUGUACGAGUCUAUGGACUUCGACCAGAUCAACUUCCGCGUACUGACGGCGCCGACCACGACCAUCCUACAGGGGACCGCCUGCGAGAAGGUUUCCUCCCUGGAUAGGGUUCUAAGUUUCAUUAAGAAGAAGGACAAAUGAUUAUAGCAAUAAUUUAUAUUUAUUUUAUUUUACAAGACUAUCUAUAGUUAUCCUAUGUGUGUGAUUCGUGAUGGCACCGCCGCACGCCCGCCCUCAGUCUUGUCUCAGCUCGGCCGGCCUGUAACCUACUCGAGGCAGUGUUUGCCGAUCGAAAUUAAAAAUAUAUUCUAUUCAAUAAAUUACUAGAUUUGUUUCUCAAAUUUCAAAAUCUACUUUCAUCAGCUGACUGUUAAAGGCGUAUGUAGAUAUGCGAACUCGUUUUUAAAAUGACUCCAAGCUUUAAGAGGACUAUACAUUAUACAAUGUACACUGAUGGAAUUUCUUUAUAAUAAAAAUAUAUGAAAGUAACGAGUAUUCGUUGAGUUAUUUCAUAGUAAUUAUUUAUCGAGUGAUUUGUAUGAGCACCAAAAUGAAUUGAUAUCGUUGGAGAAGUCUAAACACCUGAG